AAUAUGAGCGGAACAGUUACCCUAGGGUUCCAGAUCCAACGGCCAGCACCGCUUCCGCCUCUUCACUUACCCCUCUCUGCCAUAACGGCCGCCACAUACAUCAUUUUCUUCCUCCCGCCCUCCGCCCCCCGCCCUUGCCGAUUUCCCACUCAUCACCACCACCCCCACCACCACAUCUCUAUCUCUAAACUCUAUCAGCCGUUAACAGUUUGUCGUCGAGGAUUUUACCUGAGGAUACGAAUUGACCUCAUCGGUCAUGAGAAUUUUGAGAGUCUGAGGAGAAUUAGGAAAGAAAGAUCGUCGGAGGUUUUGAUUGCUCAUCGGGAGAGGGAGAGGGAUAGGACGGUGCCCAUGCCGUCGGUGGAGAUGAGGAGGACGACUAGGGUUUUUGGUGCUAGGGUUUUGAGGUCAGGUAGACGAUUGUUUCCUACUGACGAGAAGCUGAAACAUAUGAGGCGAACAAAUCUCGCUGUUGAAAACGCCGAAGAAGAUUGGAUUGAGUUGCUCGAUCACGACGAUGGUGAUGUUGAAUUUAAAGAUAACGGAUGGCACAAUUCACAUGAAGCAAACAACGACGAGCUUAUGGACAUUGAAGGAGAAACACAAACUGAAAUCAAAUUAGGGGAAUUGAGGUUAGACGAUUCUUUCCAUCAAAUUCACCAUAACAGUGGUUGCAGGAGGUGGGGAUUGGUUUAUUCAAGAAAACGGAAGAGAAAUCUACCAUCUACAGAUCAUGAUACUCAAGUCUCUUCAGAUAAAAGAUAUGGUAAGAAGUUUGUGAGAAAGCAAGCCAGGAAGACAAUCAUAGCAGAUGAAUUACUAACCGAUUUUCAAACUUUGCCACCAAAAAUCAUUAUCAAAAGAAAUCAAUCUCCAGUCAAGCGGCUACCUUUAAGAUCCAAAUCCAAAAGAAAGAAGGUUCCAACAGGUAUGAAUACUUCAAAUUUGCCACCAAGAAACAACAUCACAAUCCACCGAGCUAUUCAAAAGAGGCGAAGUUCUUUCAGAUCAAGAAAACGAAGGAACCCCUCAAGCUGUCUGGUAAAAGAUGGCGUUCCAUUCUUCCCAAUAAAGUCAAACCCCGAGAUUUCUCAGUCAAUCUGCAGACCUAAUUUCAAAGAACUCAAAUCUACACUUGUGGAACUAACCCAAAAUAUAGAUUCAGCUACUUGCAGUGCAAAUAUAUUAGUGAUAGAAUCAGAUAGGUGCUAUAGAGAAAGUGGAGCUGUAAUCACCAUGGAAAUGGCUGCUCCUAAACAAUGGUUUCUUGUAGUUAAAAGAAACGGGGUCGAAAGUUUCCGGGUCGAAACCCGAACCGCAAUGCGAUCCUGUUUUCACAACCGGGUCACCCAUGCAAUAAUUUGGGCUGGAAAUGAUGAAAGCUGGAGACUUGAAUUCCCAAAUAGACAAGAUUGGUUUGUUUUCAAAGAACUUUACAGGAAAUGUUCUGAAAGAAGUGUCCAAUUGCAAGCUACUUUAACUAGCAUAAUCCCUGUUCCUCGGGUAAAUGAAGUAAAAGGGUAUGCAGAUGUUGAAUCUUCACCUUUUAUAAUGCCUGAUUCUUAUAUUACUUCAAGAGGUGAUGAAGUUUCUAGGGUUUUGGAAAGGAGUGACACUGUGUAUGACAUGGAUUCUGACGAUGACGAGUGGUUGAAAAAGUUUAAUUUUGACCGUGAUGUGAAAGUCAAUGAAGAUGAUUUUGAGAAAAUAAUUGAUAGUUUUGAGAGAGGGAUUUAUGGUAGUCCUGAAGAUUAUGCUGACGUGGCAUUGGUUGUUGAUCGAUGUCAAAUGCUGGCAUCGAAGGAUGUUCUAGAAGGUGUUUAUGAUUAUUGGAUGGCUAAACGCAAGAAGAAGCAUUCGGCUCUUAUCCGUGUUUUUCAGUUUUACAAACCAAAGAAAACCGAACAGCUCAACACCAAAUCCGUUCUUCGCAAGAAAAGGUCAUUUAGAAAACGUGGAAAUCAAUCGGGAAGAGGAAAGCAACUAACUUUCUUGAAAGCAGCCCUGUAUGAUAAAAACGUGGAAGAGGCGGAAAACACGGCCCUGAAAGUCGAAGAAACAGAAGGAGCUGCAAAAAGGGCUGAAGAGGGAGCGAUUGUGAAGCGUGAAAGAGCUCAGAUGUUAAUGGAGGUUGCAGAUUUACUAACUUACAAGGCGACAAUGGCACUUAGGGUUGCAGAAGCUCUUGCAACAUAUGGAUCUGUGGAAUUGGGGGAUAUGAUUUGAUUUGUGUUGGUGGAAAAGGAAAAGGAAAAGAAAGCUUUUUGCAUGAUGUUGUUUGGCCAUGAAAGCUUGCUUGGUUUGGUGGUACUGUAAUUGUUGUACAGAUCUUUAAUUGCAUGUACAUUCUGCAUCAUCAUCAUCAUCAUCAUCAUCAUCGGUAGUAGUACUUUACGAACCAAAUGUUGUACAAUUGGAGAUUUGGUUUAGUUUCUUCUAAAAAUUAUGAUAAAAAAGAUACAUGGGUUUUAACUUA